AGCAGGCUUCGAGGGAAAUACUUGAUCCAGGGAGGUAGCAGACUUGCGAUCAAGAACUCAAAUAAAAAAUAUGACUUCUGGCUAUAUUGCAUCGUUAUGGGAUUUGCUCAACCUGAUCAGAGACCUGGUAAGCUAACUUCAUCUAAUUUCCCACUCGAAUGGUUUCAGGGUGUUUGCAUCAUUGCAACAAAGUCACCACCACUUCUUUCAAGUGAAACGCUUCGUUCAGAGCUGGAGCACAAUUCAGCUCUGAGCUCCAAAAACCUUUCCCAGAUGUGUCUGCUUUUGGACAAUAAUGCAGAAGUGAUGUCGCUGAUCAGCAGGAUGAGCAUCACGCAGGUCUCUUAUCUGAUGUCUAUUUAUCGCUUAGAGUCACUUUGGUAA